AUGUUUUCAAAGGGUAAUCUGGCUGUCACUUGCUGGUUAUGGAGGAGCAUGAGGAAGCUGUUUCUAUUACUUUCUCUCUUGCUGUCCCAUGCAGCUCAUUUGGAAGGCAAAAAGGAUAAUCAGUUCAUCUGGAAACCAGGCCCCUGGGGAAGGUGCGCAGGAGACUGUGGACCAGGAGGAGUCCAGAGUCGUGCACUGUGGUGUUUCCACUUGGAAGGGUGGACGAGUCACGUCUCUAACUGUGAUGAGAACAGCAGGCCUCCAAAGGAAAGAAGCUGCUUCCGAGUCUGUGAUUGGCACAGUGACCUCUUCCAGUGGGAGGUCUCUGACUGGCACCAUUGUGUGCUCGCCCCUUCCAGCCUUGGCCAAGCCGAGCCUCGGCCUGAGGAGUGUGUGACAGCGCAACAUGGGUUACAGCACCGGACUGCGCAUUGUAUUCAGAAGUUAAACAGAACCGUGGCUGGAAAUGAAAUAUGUGAACACUUUGUCCCACGGCCCCCCACAGAGCAAGCUUGCCUCAUUCCCUGCCCCCGGGAUUGUGUUGUAUCUGAGUUCUCACAAUGGUCCGAGUGUAGCAAGGGAUGUGAGAAGCGAUUGCAACACAGAACCCGGGCAGCCAUCGCUCCCCCUCUCUAUGGCGGUUCUCAGUGUCCCAAUCUGACUGAGUCAAGAGCCUGUGACACUCCCGUUUCCUGUCCUCUUGGAGAAGAGGAGUAUACUUUUAGCCUUAAAGUUGGACCAUGGAGUAAAUGUAGGCUGCCUCAUCUUAAAGAAAUUAACCUAAGCGGAAGAACUGUUCUGGAUGUUAGCUCUGAUUCAAAGGAGCGAGUAACCUUUAGACAUCAGAGUUACAAGCCACAUCACCAUUCCAAGCCCUGGGACUUAGAGAUCGGUUAUCAAACUCGGCAGGUCUGGUGCACCAGAAGUGACGGAAAAAAUGCUAUGUUAAGCCUUUGCACACAAGACUCCUUCCCUUUGACUGUCCAGUCCUGCAUCAUGCCGAAAGACUGUGAAACCACUGAGUGGUCGUCUUGGAGCCCUUGCUCCAAGACAUGUCGUUCAGGAAGUCUCUCACCAGGAUUCAGAAGCAGGAGCCGGAAUGUGAAGCACAUUGCUAUUGGAGGUGGAAAGGAAUGCCCAGAACUUCUUGAGAAAGAGGCUUGCAUUGUUGAAGAACUUUUGCAGCCAUGUCCCAGGUAUUCCUGGAGGACCUCUGAAUGGAAAGAAUGCCAAGUCUCUCUUCUCCUCGAGCAGCAGGACCCCUACUGGCAUGUGACGGGACCCGUUUGUGGAGGUGGGAUCCAGACCCGGGAGGUGUACUGUGCCCAGAGCACGCCAGCGUCCACUGCACAGAGGGCCAAGGAAGUCUCUAGACCUGUGAAAAAGACAUUAUGUCUGGGACCUGCCCCCCCAGCCUCUCAGCUCUGCAAUAUCCCCUGCUCUACCAACUGUAUAGUAUCUUCCUGGUCUGCCUGGGGCCUGUGCAUCCAUGAAAACUGCCACGAUCCUCAGGGGAGAAAAGGAUUUAGAAUGAGGCAGCGCCAUGUCCUCAUGGAAUCCACAGGGCCUGCAGGCCACUGCCCUCAUUUGGUGGAGUCUGUUCCUUGUGAGGAUCCAAUGUGUUACCGAUGGCUGAUGUCUGAAGGCGUCUGUAUCCCCGAUCAUGGAAAAUGUGGCCGAGGCCAUCGCAUCCUGAAGGCUGUGUGCCAGAAUGACCGAGGAGAAGAUGUAUCAGGAAGUCUCUGCCCAGCAUCUCCUCCUCCCGAAAGGACGGCUUGUGAAAUUCCCUGCCGAAUGGAUUGUGUGGUGAGUGAGUGGACAGAGUGGUCAUCCUGUUCACAGUCUUGUUCAAAUAAAAACGCAGAUGGGAAACAGACCAGAUCAAGGAUUAUACUGGCAUUGCCUGGAGAAGGUGGAAAACCAUGUCCCGCUACUCAGGCCCUCCAAGAAUAUCGUUCAUGUAAUGACCAUUCCUGUAUGCAGCUCUACUGGGAGACAUCGCCUUGGGGCCCCUGUUCUGAAGACACAUUGGUAACUGCCCUUAAUGCAACCAUUGGCUGGAAUGGAGAAGCCACCUGUGGUGUGGGCAUUCAGACACGGAGGGUCUUCUGUGUCAAGAGUCAUGUGGGACAAGUGAUGACCAAAAGAUGUCCAGAUUCCACUCGGCCAGAAACAGUGCGUCCUUGUCUUCUCCCGUGCAAAAAAGACUGUACUGUGACAGCUUUCAGUGAGUGGACGCCCUGCCCAAGGUCAUGCCAACCAGGAAAUGCCACGGUUAAACAGUCUCGAUAUAGGAUUAUCAUCCAGGAAGCAGCCAACGGAGGCCAAGAAUGCCCAGAUACCUUAUUUGAAGAGCGAGAGUGUGAAGAUAUUUCAUUAUGUCCUGUAUAUCGGUGGAAGCCACAGAAAUGGAGUCCUUGUAUCUUGGUGCCAGAGUCUGUCAGGCAGGGGAUAAUGGGCACCAGUGAAGCCUGUGGAAAGGGGAUACAAACAAGAGCGGUCUCCUGCAUCUCUGAUGAUAACCAGUCGGCAGAAGUGAUGGAAUGCCUCAAGCAGACAAAUGGCAUGCCUCCCUUUGUGCAAGAAUGCACGGUCCCGUGUCGAGAUGACUGCACCUUCACAGUUUGGUCCAAAUUUACACCCUGUUCCACAGAUUGUGAAACAACCCGAAGUCGACGGCGACAGCUCACAGGGAAAAGCAGGAAGAAAGAGAAAUGCCAGGACUCUGACCUGUACCCUCUCGUGGAAAUGGAACUAUGCCCUUGUAAUGUAUUUAUAUCUCAACCUUAUGGAAACUGGUCAGAUUGCAUUAUUCCGGAAGGCAGAAGAGAGUCUCAGCGAGGAGGAUUCCGGGUGCAAGGAGAAAGCAAAGAAUGUGGAAAAGGAAUGCGCUUUCGAGCAAUAGCCUGCUCUGAUAAAAAUGGAAGACCUGUUGACCCCUCAUACUGCAGCAGCUCUGGUUAUAUUCAAGAAGAAUGUGUCAUCCCAUGCCCAUUUGAUUGCAAGUUAAGUGACUGGUCUAGUUGGGGGUCUUGCAGUUCAUCUUGUGGGAUUGGAGUGCGAAUUCGGUCCAAAUGGCUAAAAGAAAAACCUUACAAUGGAGGUCGCCCAUGUCCCAAAUUGGAUCUCAAGAAUCAGGUCCAUGAGGCAGUCCCAUGUUACAGUGAAUGCAAUCAGUAUUCCUGGGUUGUAGAACACUGGUCUCCAUGCAAAAUCCACAAUGAGCUGAGAUCUCUGCGCUGCGGAGGAGGAACGCAAUCUAGGAAAAUCAGAUGCGUGAGUGCUGCAGAUAGUGAAGGGGGAGCCGUGGAUAACAGCCUGUGCAACCAGGAUGAAAUUCCCCCAGAAACCCAGUCCUGCUCUCUCUUGUGUCCCAGUGAAUGUGUCAUGUCUGAGUGGGGACCUUGGAGCAAAUGCCCACAGUCCUGUGAUCCCCACUCAACACAGAGAAGAACCCGCCACCUGCUAAGGCCCUCACUGAAUUCAAGGUCAUGUGCUGAAGACUCGCAAGUGCGGCCUUGCCUCCUCAAUGAAAAUUGCUUCCAGUUCCAGUACAAUCUAACAGAGUGGAGCACAUGCCAGCUGAAUGAAAAUGCCACCUGCGGACAAGGUAUCAGGACCCGCCUUCUGAGCUGUGUACGCAGCGAUGGCAAGCCAGUUGGCGUGGACCAGUGUGAGCAGCGUAACUUGGAGAAGCCCCAGAGAAUGAGCAUUCACUGCCUGGUGGAAUGUGUAGUCAACUGUCAGCUCUCAGGGUGGACAGCUUGGACAGAAUGUUCAAAGACUUGUGGCCAUGGAGGUCGAAUGAGCCGGACUCGAUUUAUCAUUAUGCCAACUCAAGGAGAAGGACGGCCAUGCCCCACAGAGCUUACCCAGCAGAAAACCUGCCCAGUGACGCCCUGCUACAGCUGGGUCCUUGGCAACUGGGCUGCAUGCAAAUUGGAGGGUGGAGACUGUGGUGAAGGAGUCCAGAUCCGCAGCUUUUCCUGUGUGGUCCACAAUGGUUCAGUCUCUCACUCAGCUGUAAGUGUGGACGAGGCACUGUGUGGAGAAAUGCCCUUUCAAGACACCAUCCUGAAACAGCCAUGUUCUGUGCCUUGCCCAGGAGACUGCCACUUAGCGGAAUGGUCAGAGUGGAGCACGUGUGAAUUAACCUGCAUCAAUGGAAGAAGCUUUGAGACAAUGGGCCGCCAAUCUAGGUCAAGGACAUUUAUAGUUCAGUCUUUUGAGAACCAAGACAGCUGCCCCCAGCAGGUUCUAGAAACACGCCCUUGUACAGGAGGCAAAUGUUAUCACUACACAUGGAAAGCAAGUCUUUGGAACAAUAAUGAACGAACUGUAUGGUGCCAACGUUCAGAUGGCAUUAAUGUCACAGGAGGCUGCUCCCCUCAGGCCCGUCCCGCUGCCAUUCGGCAGUGUAAUCCAGCCUGCAGGAAACCUUUCUCCUACUGUACCCAGGGUGGCGUCUGUGGCUGUGAAAAGGGCUAUACAGAGAUAAUGAGAUCAAAUGGUUUCUUGGAUUACUGCAUGAAAGUACCAGGCUCAGAGGAUAAAAAAGCUGAUGUGAAAAACCUUGCUGGGAAAAACAGACCCGUGAAUUCAAAAAUACAUGAUAUUUUUAAAGGAUGGUCACUUCAACCCCUUGAUCCAGAUGGCCGAGUAAAAAUCUGGGUUUAUGGCAUUUCAGGUGGUGGUUUUCUUAUCAUGAUUUUCCUAGUAUUUACUUCCUACCUUCUUUGCAAGAAGCCAAAACCACAUCAAAGCACACCUCCCCAACAGAAGCCUCUGACCUUAGCCUACGAUGGAGACUUAGACAUGUAA